GGCCAGGGCUGAGGCUUUCUCCGCCGAGGCAGGAGUGGAGGCUGGGCCCCUCUCUCCGAAGCCCAGGCGCGGCCCGCCGGGUUCUCCUGAGACCAGACUGCCUGUCCCUCCCGACGCCUCCCGGCUGGAGCAAAAGCUAAAGGUUCUGCUGGUGCAGCCACCCUGGGACCGGGCUGUGAUCCUGCCGCCACCGCUCAGCCCCCUGCCCUUCGGUUGCCCGGGCCCACUUGAUUCCCCACCCACCCACGGGCCAGCUCGGGGCACCGGGGCCUGGAAAGCCGCAGCCUCUGCCCCUGGGAGCGGCUCCACCCCUUCCCGUCGCUGCCUGCAGCCACUGCCCCCUCAACAGCUGUGCCCCCAGCUAUGUCUCCUGGGGCCUCCCUCCUGUCCCUGCCCAGCGGAGCUGGUGGAGCAGACAGCCAGGCUGUCCAUAAGACUGUGCAGUGAGGCCCCUGCACUGAGGUGGAAGCCCAGCAGAGCCCACCCUUUCUGCCCUCCAUACCCCUGACCCACAAGCCGCCUGCCCUGACCCUCCCAUCUCUGGGUUCGGUGCAUACUGAGAGAGAGCAGUAAGAGGACUCGCCAAUGCUUCCAGCUUGCCGCCUGGGAGAAGGUCACUUUCUUUUGAGCAGAGAUGUUGGAAGGUACCCUACCAGUGUGCACUGAGAGACCCGGGUGGCGUGAGCCACAGUUGCUCUGGGAGGGUUGUGGCACCUGGGGAUGGGUGGCUCACCCGAAGCUUGCUUUGACAAAAGAGUUUUGAGUUGGUCUUUUGGCUGAGCCUGCCAGGGAAGGCAGGCUCCUGCAGGAGUGUUGGAAGGUCGGAUGCGGUUCCGGAUGAAGCUGAGGCGUGGCAGAAGAUGCGUUUGGCUCUGCAGACACUGCAUCGGGCAGCAGGGGACUCUGGGAGGCUGGUGCAGCCAGAAGGCAUGGCUCUUGACAGCCUUCUAGUAGAAUCUCUGGAAUUGUGCAUGUGAGUGGGGAUGCCAUUCGGGGUGCCAUUCCCAGAAAGCCUCCCCUCACCUACCCAGUUGUGGAAGGUGUUCCUUCUGUGCCCACAGCCCCCUGUGCUCCCCUCUGGUGUCAUUCCCCAUGCUGUGAUGAAACAUUGUGCUGAUGAGCUGUUCCCACACUGGACUGUGACCUCCUUCAGGGGCACAUUCUGUGUCAUCCACCUGGUCCUCCACACCUAGCCCAGGGCCUUGCUGGCACAGACUAGAAGGAACUAGGUGAAUGAGAGAGAGAAUGAAUCUGUGAAGAACACGUGUUUGUUGUAACCCAGUUUUGAUGCUGGUCUCUUUUGUGUCUCAGAUCACAAUAAGAUUUUUAAUUAUUCAUUCAUUAAUGUCACUCCUUACUGAGCGUUAAUAGCUCCACCUUCACCUCCAUCUCCUACCUUGGGCUAAGACUGGUUCCAAAGGAUGAGACUGCCCAGGUUGGACCCCACCCUCAUCUGGUUUCACUUCUGACCCUGAAGCUGCUUCCCCUUGUAGCAUUUCCUUUCCCUUCUGGGGGUGGGAGGUGGGGGGCCUAGGUGUGCUGUUAUCCAGAAGGGGAAUGGGGGCAGGGAGAGCCAGGGAGCUGUUGUCUUCUCCCCUCCUCAUUUACACCGUGCAGUACUUCAGAGACCCCUGCCACUUGGUCAGCCUAAGUCGUCAAGGCCAGCAAGUUAGGAUGGCGGCUGAAUCAUUGUUUUUAUUUAGGAUGCAUCUUUCCUGAGAGCUGUAACCUUCACUAACGUGGUACAUUCCUACCGUGUUCUUACCUACUCUACUGCUUGACCGGCCAUUUCAUUCAUUUAUUCAUGCCAGGCCCUUUACAUACUUUAUGUCUAAUCUUCACAUCACCCCUGUAUUCCCAGCAUUUAGCACAGAUAUGAUGUGUUAACUAUUGGUGUAAUUAUGUUCUGCUUUUACUGCAUAAACUCUGAGUGUGCAGGGAGCACGUCAGUCACCAUUUAUGUCCCAUGCUGGGAGAUUAGCAGACAUUAAUGAGCUGAAGGACACAAAUGCUAUUACCCCAUUUUUCAGAUGAAGAAACAGAAUCUCAGAACAGCUAAAACAUUUGCCCAAAUAACUCCCACUGUAGGUCUCAGUGUGCCACCCACCCCCCGCAAAGGACGCACUGACAGCUGGACACCAAAAGCAGGUUUUUGUGCCCUGGUGAAAAGCGCCUGCCGAAAGGGUCAGUCAUCACCCUGCCCACAGGCAAGGUCCUCCUGCUCUCGCUGCUGUUUGCAAGCCCGUAGUGUGUACACAGAGUGGGCGAGUAAAGCAAAACUCAGUGCCUAAUGCCAAGCUGAGUCCUGAGAUGGGAAACCGGACCAUUUCCAGUCCACAGACAGGUUCUAAUGUUCCGAGUCACACAUCGUUUUGUUUCUAGUUUUGUUUUGAUUUGAACCAAUAUUUUAAAAACGGAAACAUUUCCCACAAAACUGGAUUUGUGCCAUCUCUUAAAACUCUAAAAAUCUGCUACUGGACCCACAUUUCCACAAGGCCGUAAUCUGUGGUGUCUGCCCCCUCUAACAUGUGAAGGAUGCAUGAUUUGUACCAGGCCCUGGGCUAGCUGGGGAUACAGCAUUGAGCUGGACAGGGUGCCUAUCCACAAGGGGCUCAGGGUCUAGAAGACACGUGUGUAGUAAUUGCAAUUGGGCCAAAAGAGCUUCGCUUCCUCUAAGUUAAGGUUCAUAGGGCACUCACUUUGGUUUCAUCCAAUCCCCUUCGUUCAUUUGCAUAACAUGUACAUAUUUAAAUGCAGGACCUUGAGCUUAAUUGUGUUCUCAAAAGUCUACUUCCAAUUGUUUCACUAAACUAUAUUGAUCUAUUCACUAAGAACCCAAAUCCUCCUUUACUUCACAAGAAGACAAAGUUACUAUCCUAUUAGCAAAGGAAAAAUGUACACAUCAAUUGAAGUAGGUGUAAGAAAUAGUGUUCAGUCAGGCUCCUUCCAGAUCUGUGACUGGACUCAUUCCACCCUUCUCUGCGCUUCAUCAGCAACUUCACAAGAGAGUGUGGAGCACCUGGUACAUCAAGGCUCACACAGGAACAGGAGGCAAAGGCAGGGUCGGCCGGAGCAGUGCCAGGUGGCCAUCUGAAGUCAGUGUUCUCACCUGCGCUUUGCUCACUGUCUUUAGGUUUCUCGCGUAACCCAGGUGUGCAAGUUCAGUAAACCCCCAGGAGACUUGCUGGACCGUACGCCAGCGGUUGGUGGGGGCUGGGCUCAUGCUGUGCUCCCCAUCUCUGAUCUCCCUGUAGCAUUCCCUGGGACUGUGCCCAGCCUCACUUAAAGGGGCUCUGGAGAAACGGUUCCCCCACUACUCGGAGUUCAGCCUGCUCCCUCAGGGGAUGAGAGCAGAUGAUCAGUCAGGGUCUUUAUUACAACCUUCCCGUUGUGUUUAAUACACUCGGCAAGCAUUAUGAGUGUAUUAAGACCUUUCUGUGCCAGGGUCUUUAUUUGGGACUCACAGAUAGCCAAGGGCCUCCCCCUUAAAAUCACAGCCCUCCGGCCCAGGCACUUUCUUCGAAAGUGAAAUGAAUGAUGCUGAGGGGCUAUCCCCACUGCCUCUGGUUCCUCUUUGUAAGCCAGUAGAGAUUCACUAUGUAGAAAGGCCAGAAGGCCUUUGAAGAUAAAGACUUACCUGCCAAGAUUUUUAAAAUUUUAAUUUCUUUGAAACAUCCCAGAGCCAUAAGCUCAGUAUCUGAUAUUAGAUGGAUUUUUACUACCCUAACACCUUUGCUUACUGAACCUAGAACUUGUGGGAACAAGGAUUAUGCUUUAAUUCAUUUCUGGAGUAUUUAUUUUGCAUGGUCCUUAUGUGCUCCAAAAAUGGCUGUUAAACUAAAUUAUAGUAAAAGAAGUUAGGUUUCUACCACUUUGUUCUUAGCUGCCCCCACUGCUGGGCCAGGCUGGUGUUCACGGAGGCCCAGUGAGCACACCGUGCCCAGUCCUCCUCGUGCCUGACCUGGGUGUUCAUUUAUUCCGCAGACAUCAGUGGACACCUGGUCCGUGCCAAGUGCUGUGCAAGCUGAGGGUGCAGAAGGGAAUCGGGCGUGGUCCCCACCCCCAGGGGCUCGUGGCCCAGAGAACAUGUGUACAGUAAUUGCAGUAAGGCUAGAGGAGCACUGCUUCCUCUGAGUUGAAGUUCAAAUCCUGGAUCCUAGUACCAGUCUUUGGAAGUGUUCUGGCCUCUUGGUGUGUUUCCUUGUGUAUAAAAUGGCAGUGAUGUGAGGCUCACGUUAGGGUCCAGCCAGUGCUGCAUGUCAAGCACAGAGCACAAGUGGUAGCUGUGAUGAUUACAGAUGCUUGGGUGCUGAGGAUGCACAGACCGAGAGUCUAAGAAGGCUUUUCAGAGUGGCUUUGAGGUUGAGUAGAAGUUAUUCCAGAAGACAAGGUAGAAGUGUUUAAACCAUGGAAGCAGCAUAGAGACCCAGAGGCAAGAAGCAUCCAACUCCUGGGAGAAUAGCGAGGAGGUUAGAGAGCUGGAGAGGAUAGCAGGGUUCUUGAAAACCCGAAGCAAGAAGUUGGGGCUUUAUCCUGUGGGCAGCGACGAGUCAGUGAAAGGUUUUAGGUAGGAAAAUGGGUGUGCUGUGCUUCAGUAAAUUCUCUGAUGCCAUAGGAGGGGCCAGUAGUUCCCAGUGGGGAAGGCAGCUGUGAUUGCUUGUUUGCCCCACUCAGCCCAGCCCAGCCCAGCUAAUCGUCAGGUCCCCUGUGCUUUCCUGGACCCUGUCCCGAGCUGACAGAAUUGGAAUCUGUUGCUGUUAAACUGUCCAGGUGACUCUGUGGCUGGGUGUGGACACUGCUGCAGUGAGGUUGCCGUGGGGAUCUUCAAGGAGGCCUAAGACAUCUUCACAGAAUGGGGGGAGCUUUCCCAUGAACAGAAUAGAAACGGCCUUAGUUUUAAAGAAACAAAACACAAACUUUUCCCAGUUCUUCAGUAAUAGCCUUAUUAAUGAUGCUCUGUAGCUGCUAAUCUUCCUUUAUGUGUCGGAACAUUUGCCUGUGCCUACUUCCCACUGCCACCUCUGCUGAACGACUGGAACGCACUGAGCCACGGGAUGCAGCCUUGCCCAUGAAAAGCUCCCUGUGUUGUGGAGAAGGACAGAAGAGGAAAGAAACUAACGGGUAUUGAGCACCUACUGAGUGCCAGGCCCAGGCCAGGUUCCCCACACCUCUAGCCAGUCUGUGCAGACUUGCUGCCUGCUGUGUCAUCGGGAACGCAAAGGCUGGGAAGAAGGCCCUUCCCAAAAUGGACUGGUGUUGCAGGGUGAGAAGCUGCCCCCCGACUUCAUGCCAAAGCUCGUGAAGAAUCUCCUAGGCGAGAUGCCGCUAUGGGUCUGCCAGAGUUGCCGAAGGAGCAUGGAGGAAGAUGAAAGGCAGACAGGUCCUGAGCACGCAGUGGCGAUCUCCUUGUCACACACAUCCUGCAAGUCACAGUCUUGUGGGGGCGACUCGCAUUCCUCCUCGUCCUCCUCGUCCUCCUCAUCCUCCUCCUCGUCCUCGUCCUGCCAUGGGAACUCAGGGGACUGGGAUCCCAGCUCAUUCCUGUCAGCACAUAAGCUCUCGGGCCUCUGGAACUCCCCACACUCCAGCGGGGCCGUGCCAGGCAGCUCACUUGGGAGUCCUCCUUCCAUCCCUGGUGAGAUUUUCCCCAUCUCAGAGCACCGCCGGCACCCAGACCUCACCGCUCCACCUAAUAGCCCCACGGGCCACCACCCCCAGCCAGCGCCGCUGCUCGCCUCGCACCCUGGGUCCUUUGGCCCCCCACCCCACCCACACCUGCUGCCCACCACCCCCUCCGCACCGUCCCCUGCGCAGGCUUCAGAGUGCCCUGCUGCCACUGCCACUGUGCCACACUCCCCAGGGGCAUGUCAGAGCCCCCAUCUGCCUUCCACCAGCAUGCCGCUCCUGAAGAUGCCGCCUUCUUUCUCGGGGUGCAGCCACCCCUGCGGCGGGCACUGCGGCGGGCACUGCGGCGGACCUCUGCUCCCACCACCGAGCUCACAGCAGCUCCCUGGUGCUCACAGCAGAGACCCUGGGUGCAAGGGGCACAAGUUUACACACAGCGGCCUGGCCUGCCAGCUGCCCCAGCCCUGCGAGGCAGAUGAGGGGCUGGGCGAGGAAGAGGACAGCAGCUCGGAGCGCAGCUCCUGCACCUCGUCCUCUGCCCACCAGAGAGAUGGGAAGUUCUGUGACUGCUGCUACUGCGAGUUCUUCGGCCACAAUGCGCCACCCGCCGCCCCGACGAGUCGGAACUAUACCGAGAUCCGAGAGAAGCUCCGUUCGAGGCUGACCAGGCGGAAGGAGGAGCUGCCUCUGAAGGGGGGCGCCCUGGGCGGGAUCCCUGGGGAGCCCGCCGUGGACCACCGAGAUGUGGAUGAGCUGCUGGAAUUCAUCAACCGCACGGAGCCCAAAGCCCCCAACAGCGCCAGGGCUGCCAAACGGGCCCGGCACAAGCUGAAAAAGAAGGAAAAGGAGAAGGCCCAGUUGGCAGCAGAAGCUCUAAAGCAGGUGAAUCGUGGUGUUUCUGGAAGCCGAGAGCUGGCGCCUGCCAGGGAGAAGCUUUUGGAGUGGCCUGACCAGGAGCUGGGUCGGGUCAACGGCUUCCUGAGCAGCCGCCUGCAGGAGAUCAAGAACACUGUCAAGGACUCCAUCUAUGCCAGCUUCAGUGUGUGUGAGCUCGGCGUGGACAGCGAUGGCUUCUCUAAGGAGGGGGCUGCUGAGGCAGAGACCCAGGGUCUAGCUCCCUCCAACCUCAAUGGCUCCACAGAGCACCAGCCUGACAUCAACCUUGACCUGUCCCCUUUGACUUUGGGCUCCCCUCAGAACCACACGUUACAAGCUCCAAGUGAGUCAGCUGCACCGUGGGCAGAAAUGAGAGGCCCCCAGCCACCAUGGACAGAGUUGCGGGGCCCCCCUCCUGGAAUCAUCCCCGAGAACGGGCUAGUGAGGAGACUCAGCACCGUGCCCAACCUGUCCCGGGUGAUCUGGGUCAGAACACCCAAGCCAGGCAACACCAGUUGUGAGGAGCCCAGCCCAAGGGAAGCUCCUAGUUGCAAGCAGGAUCUGCCCGAGCCUGUAGCCUCAAGUGGGAAGCUGCGGAAAGGCAAGAGACAAGGCACCCAGGCCAAGAAGAGUGAGGCGAGUCCAGCCCCCCGGCCCUUGGCCAGCCCGGAGGCUGCCAGUGCCAAGGGCUGGACCUCUAGCCCCAAGCAGCCAGGCAAGGCCCCGGAGCCUCCCAAAGUGGGCAGCUGUGCUGAGGCCAUAGAGGGGAGCCAAGGGAGCCGGCCAGGACCAGGCUGGGCUGGCAGCCCCAAAGCCGACAAGGAAAAGGGCAGCUCCUGGCAAAAUUGGCCAGGGGAGGCCAAGGCACGGCCUCCGCAACAAGAGUCUGUGCAGCCUCCAGGCCUGGCAAGGCCACAGAGCUUGCCGCAGGGCAAGGGCCGCAGCCGCCGCAGCCGCAGCAAGCAGGAGAAGUCAGCCUCCUCCUUGGACGACGUGUUCCUGCCCAAGGACAUGGAUGGGGUGGAGAUGGAUGAGACUGAUCGGGAGGUGGAGUACUUCAAGAGGUUCUGUUUGGAUUCUGCAAAGCAAACACGUCAGAAAGUGGCUGUGAACUGGACCAACUUCAGCCUCAAGAAAACCACUCCCAGUGCAGCUCAGUGAGCCCCUGCCGGGUCCGGCGUCUUCAUGGUGUCCCGAGAGGCCCACCUGUCGGCUGAAGGUCCACACUUUCCUCCUCCUCCACAUCGCACCCACCUGUCCAAGACCCACUCUGCUCCUGCCAUCCCGGACCAACCAGAAGCUGAGUGGAUGCCGAGCGAGCCGGGCUGGGGCCCCUCAGGACCUCCACAGAGCCGCCUCCUGGUGCUACCCAGCCUCCACACUCAGAGCCCGGGGGCGGGGCUGGCCUGUGGGCAGGGACUGAUGGUACUGCUGGCCCAACACUGCUCUUUUUGUGUUCAUUUUUUUGUUUGUUUUUGUUUGUUUUAUUUUAUUUUUUUAAUUCUUUACUUUUGAUACUGUGAAGAUCUUUCCUGCCGAAAGAUAAAGAUAAAGCAACAUUUGGACACAG